AUGUUUGGCGUUGAGCUCGUUAUCCACAUCGACGGCUCCUCGUACCUCGCCUGGGUGGUUCUCGGGGUCGUCACCCUCACUGCCGGGCCGCUGCUGGUAGUGUCUAUCCUGUGGACGGACGCCGUCUUGCUGGGAGCGAACACGAACACGGUCAAGACUCGAGAACGAACGCUUCCUGAAACCGAUACGCUUACCACCGCAAGACCACUACCACCACUACCAUCACCGUCAAACUAUCACUUAUCACACGCCGGAAUCUUCCACACAAAGCAAACCUUUCAAACCAAAUGCAGGUCCCGCUACGCAAUGAAAUAA